AUGAAACGUUCCGCGCAUGAAGCUAUUACAGCUUCAGUGCCCAAAAGACUACGAGAGACGGACAGGGACGCGUACUUCGAUCCAAUCCACAAAAAGCGCGCCGUAGAUGUUUUCCAGUGCGAAUUAGACGAUACAGGAUAUUUGGACUUGGCUGUUUUCAUGAAAUGGCCAUCAAAUGCACACAGACAAUAUGUAGUGGUGAACCCUGUGGAUGAACCUCGGGAAACCCAGUUUCAAGUCAUUUUUUCAGGACGGUGCUCCAAUUACUUCGAUUUGUUACAGUUUUCUAUUGGAGAUAAGUUCAGUCUCGCACUACGGGGUUCUGUCAUAGGACAGCCUGAGUCCAAUCGCCCUACUCUCCUUUAUGAGGAUGGCGUUGUUUUAAGGCUGACGAAGAACGGUAAUUCCGGUCGCAUUAUUGAUACGUGGGCUCUCGACAAGCUAGCCGAGGACCAAGCCAUAACAACACCCUCGGAUGCAUCUGCAGCUGACUGGUAUGCAACUCCAGCAACUGGUGUCGACCGAUCGAGUGGCAGUACGGAGGUACUGGUCGACAAUGGAGAGUCUAACUUUUUGCCUUCUUCGCGCUGCCUAUCCCCGGAAAUUGCACCAAUGAAUAUCGGAGGGAUAACUCUAGGCCAACGCGCACCUUUGGUGACAGCGUCUCGCCAUUCUCCAGCAGCUGCCAGUAUUACGCCGGGUCCCCUGGUGGCUAAUCUACGCCGCUCUCCAUUCAUGGAAAUAUCUUCCAGCGACCGCCGCGAAUCUUGUGCCGAGGGUUCUGCUGCCCAUACAAUUCCAGUCAAGGCGGCUGUAGGCACUCUCCACUUAUCUGUGAUUACCGCAGGAGAUGUGCAGACAAGGCAAGACAGACCGAUGAAUGCUAUCAAUUCCAUAGAACGUACCGCGUAUAUCAAGGGCGAUCUUCUCCCGAAAGAGAAAAGGACUGAUGAACAGAUACCGUCCGUCCCGAGCAAAAUGGUUUCCGCUUCUACACUGGAUGGAAUGUCCCGGAAGAAGAUGAAAAAGUAUGAAAAGAACAAAUCACGGCGAGCGAAGCAGGCUCAAAAGGCAGUAAGAGGUAGCGGUCAAGAUGAAAAUAUCCUCUCUGCGCCGGUGCAUGUUGCUCAGCCCGUCGAUAUCGUUCAGAUUGAGGAUUCCGUGGACAUUUCUGACCAUGUACUGCUCCUCGGGGCGCAGAGUGCUGUACCUAUGAGUGUCCCUUUUUCGGCGCCAGCUGCUAAUUCCAUCGCACAUUCUCAUUUACAGGGUGCAGCCAUUACGAAUAUCUUCACGUCCGACAAUGCUGCCCCCAAUCCGGUUGAUAUGCAAGUGGGAAGGUCGGACACGCGAUCACUUUCCCCACGAAUACUUCCUCCCCAACUUCCGACACAUAUCAGCGUGUCUGCUCCACCUCCCUCUCAGCAACUUGCAUCGUCAUCACAUCUUGGCAGUCAUUCCAUAACUUUAUGUGAAAGUAGGACCAAAACUGAACAGCUCACGGAGGAGCUCCUGCGGACUGGCUUCCAUGCCGACUGUUGCUUUUAUACCUCUCUUUUAGCGGUUCAGUCGAAGGGCAAAUCGUAUAACGUCAUGGGAGUAGUUCAAUCUACUGGGUCCAUAGAGACGACGCGCACCAACGAGUGGAAGAUCAGGCUGCACCUUGUCGAUCCGGGUGUGCAUGUCUCCGGUGGUUUCUCCGUCAAUUGCUUUGGGAAAACCAAAGACUCACUGCCGACACCAUGUCCAGGGAAUAUCCUGGUUAUACGCCAGCUUCAGGGAGAUUCGCAUCAAGGACGGCCAUGCGGCACAGCCCCUUCUUACAAGCCCUGGUCGUGGGCAAUUGUUGAUAUUCGUGCAGAUGAACAAAUGAUACCAGACAAUGGCGUGGGGAAGUGUAGAUUCCAGCCAGACGCAUCAGAGAUGCGACAUUGUGUUCGCCUCAACGAUUGGUGGAAAGACACGGAAUCGAAUGCAAGCGUUGACCAGGGCACCGUUCAUCAAAUCGAUAGUGGAACAAAGCGAGCUACCUCAGGCCGUGUGCAUAGAACGAUCUCGGAAGCGUCACCUUUCGUCGAACCGCAAGGAUACUUUAAUUGCACUGUUGAAGUGCUAUAUGGUCAUGAGAAUUACAAUCAGGUCUAUAGUCUCUACGUCACCGAUUAUACGCAAAACCAGAAUCUUAUCCCUGUGGAAAGGGAAUGGUGUCCGCCACAGUUGUCCAAGAAGAUUCUGAAACUCGAGUUAUUUGAUGGAGCUGCUUUGAAAGGGCCGAGUUUGAAACAAGGGGACUACUAUUUUUUCGGAAACGUUAGGAUGAAGGUGAGCAGCGGAGGGUACUGGGAGGCCUCGUUUUCGCAGACCAGGAGUAUGAACAAGCUUGAUGAGGACAACUUGGAAGAUGAGCCGCAUUUUGCAGAGCUGUUAAAACGAAAAGUUCAGUGGGCAACCGAAGUCAAGAAUAUACCCGACAGCUUUCCACACAGACUUAUUGAGGAAGUAGAGGCCGACCGGAUGUUCUGUUGCACAGUGGAGGUCCUCGCUGUAUCACCUAAAGAUGGCUAUACCCUCCUAUACGUCACAGAUUAUACGGCUUGCUCGGAAUUGGCGCCUGUCGCUGCGACUAUUACCGGAUCAGGGGACAUGCAAGAUCGUAUUGUUAAGAUCUCUCUCGCUGCAGGACAAGCUCAGACGGCCGCUAGUUUGGAACCUGGCGAUUUCGUUUCAAUCAAGAAUUUAAGACUGAGACCGAGCUCCAAUACAUUCAAAAAAUUAGUAGGGAGGCUUGGUGGCGAGCAGAGACUUAUCAAUAAACUUCAGGCAAACAAUAACAAGAAUGAUGCAUUGCAGGCAUUGCUUCGACGUAAAGAAGAAUGGGAAGCGCGGACGAAGGCGAAGGUUAAGCGGAGUAUGCAAGCUAGCCGUAAUCACAGAAAGUCCAGGCCUGCCAUCGAAUCGUCUACUUCGAUCGCCGAUCAUCCAAAACAGCAGCUCAACGCGGGCAGCCUCACGUCUAUCAAAGAAGUCAAGACCAGUGAGAAGUGCCCCAACAAGUUUCGUAUUAGAGCACGUAUCGUCGACUUCUUCCCUGAUCAUUUGGUGGAUUUUGCCGCCAGGCGAUGCACAAAGUGUGGAGAGGACAUUUCGAGCCACUAUCGUAUCUGUUCUCGGUGUGACGACGCGAUGGAUCCUGAAGGUAACACCAAUGUCCGCACGCUCUAUCAGUUCUGGUUCCGAGUCGAAGACGAAGUCGGUGACGAGCUUCAGGUUGCGGUGUGCGAUGAGGAGUGCACUCUAUUGAAAGAUCUCGAAGCAGCUGGAUUGCGUGAGGAUGAGGAAGCGCUAGAAGAGUUCACUCAGCGGCUAAGACCUCUUGUUGGAAACCUCUUGGCUGUGCAUGAUGGUAUUCCACAGCGAGCAGCAGGAGAAGUUCUCCCCCCUCUGGACGCUCCCUUUUUGACUAUGACGAUUGGUAGUUGGCCCCUGGUCGAUGAGCAGGAUCCACAUGCACGAGGAUAUGUGUUGAUUGAACAUGCUUUAGCUCCUGAAUGA